AUGGGAGACCCGUUCGGCGGCUGGACCCCGUCAUGGAGCGAAUAUGCCGACAGGACCCCUCCCCGACAUUCCGGGAGCUUCGUCCGCCUCACCGGGAAAAGCAUCUACAACCAGCGCAAGGAGUACGGGCACACCCUGCUCAGGCUCCACAACGAUUUCCAGCACCACGUUGAGCACCUGCUCACGAUGCCCUUGGAGCAGGACCUCCGCAGUGCCCAGGAUUGUCUGGGGCGCCUGAAGGACCUGGAGGAGCAGGGCCGGGUCUGGGGGCAGGAUGUCAUCCUGGCAGUCAAGGACCAGGAGCUGGUGCUGAGCGAUGUGGAGAGCAAGGACGAGCUGGAGGCUUUCCCGCUGGGAAGCGUGCAGGGAUGCUCCGCCGGGCUGGACAACACGGUGCUGGCUGUCAGCGUCCAGGAGAGGAACCCGCCGAGAACCAGCGUGCUGCUCUUCCAGUGCGAGCGGCUGGGGGCAGAGACUCUGAGGAGCAGCCUGGAGAAGGUGCUGAGGCAGAGGAAGGAGGAGCAGAGCGAUCACUACGGGCACAGCCCGGACACGCCACCGAGCCCGGCUCCCCCGUACCCGGCCCCGGAGCGCUGGGCAGAGCCCCCCCAGCCCGACCCCCAGGAGCCCCCCCAGCGCAGGCUGCUCUCCUCGGAGUACCGUGCCCCGGACCCCCCUCAGAUGCCGCGGAGCCGCCCCCCCGGCCAGGCUGUGCCCGAGGUGGAGAGAGAUGUUGUAAGUGGCAGCCCCCCGAGUCCUCCCCGGCUGCGGACCCCGCAGCUCCCCCCAGCACGCACCGUGCCCCUGCACCCACAGGAGAUUCUCAACCACGUCCUGGGGGACCUGGAGCUCUUCAUGGGCCGCCUGAAGAAGGCCCUGAGCUCGGCCAGCACGAAGAAGAAGCGGAAGAAGCCAGCGCUGCCCCCGAAGGAUGGGUACACGGAUUUCUUCCAGAAGGUGAAAUACGCCCUCAACCUCAUGGGACGGACCCACCGCUACGUGACGGAGCCCGACCCCCCCGAGCUGCUGCGCCUCAUCUUCUCAGCUCUGUCCUUCGUCCUGGCCCACUGCCCCAGCCCCGGCCUGGCCCCGGGGGUGGAGAGUCCAUUGCUGCUGCCGGAGGCGCUGGAGUUCCUUGAGGAGAACCUGAGCGAUGAUGACUACGGCGUCUGGAAGAGCCUCGGCACGGCCUGGAACAAGUCCAGGGCCGAGUACCCCAACAGCGCCCUGGUGCCCGCGUACACCCUGGCUUUUUCGGACGGGUGGCUGCCCCCCGUGAUGGAGCAGGAACUCCCCGGCCACCGGCUGGAGGGACAAUCCCAGCCGAGUGUAAGCGUCCGCCUGUCCCUACGGGUGCGGAGGGUCGGGACAAGAGUUGGUCCCCGGCUGGCUGCUGAUGCACCCCCCGCCACCUCCAGGACCUCCCUCCCUGCCCAGGGGCUGGCCCGAGCCCUGUACGACUUCCAGGCUAGGAAUUCGCAGGAGCUGAGCGUCAGGAAGGGGGACACGCUGCAGGUCUUGGACCAGCAGAGGAAGUGGUGGCUGGUGCAGGACGAGCGGGGGGACAGGGGACACGUCCCUGGCAACAUCCUGGAGCCCCUCCCGGAGCCGGGGCACAGCCCCAGACAGGACAGUCCCCCCACCCUGCGACCCAGCUCCUCGCCGGCAGAGGUGACAGCCUGGCUCACGGACAAGGGCUUCUCGCGGAUCACGGUGCGGACUCUGGGGGUGCUGCGGGGACACGAGCUGCUGCAGAUGAGCCCGGCCGAGCUGCGAGGCGUCUGCCCCGAGGAGUGGCGGAGGGUCCUCUUCAAGCUGUCCCCCAUCAGGACAUCCCUGGGGAUCGCCCCCAGGGACUGAGCCACCCACGCUGAUGUCCCCGACACGUCCCUGCUCCGGAUGGAGCGUCCUGGGAACGGCGGGACCUGG